AUGUACAUAAGUGGAAUAAUCAUUCGGUAUCCAACAGCGCUUAGACCUCAAUGCACACUGCCCACAACCCUGAACGAAAACUGCAAGAUGGCUCUGCGAUUCACGCUCACUCUGCUCCUGGUCACCAUCCUGGUCGCAGCCCUGUUCCUGGGCUCCAGUGAGGCCGCCUACAGGAAGCCUCCCUUCAACGGCAGCAUCUUUGGCAAACGCAACAGCCUGGACUAUGAUAGCGCCAAGAUGAGCGCCGUUUGCGAGGUGGCCAUGGAGGCGUGUCCCAUGUGGUUUCCCCAGAACGACAGCAAAUAGGACCACGCCCUGCGACAACACCUCCAAGAACUGAUUUUGAGCCUACGACUAGUGCACCAGCGAUCGGUGGGCAGCAGUAGCUCCACCUGCUUCUGCUCCUGCGACUGAAUGGGGAAAUGCCGGACGUUAGAAAAGUCAUGUAUAAAAUUUAUAGUGUAAGCCGUGCAUAUAGGUACAUAGAACUUAUGCCAUACAUCAUAUACAUAUAUAAUACUCAAUAAACUUACAGCACUGAAAAACUC